AUGCUUGAGCAAUUUGGUAUAAUCACGCCUCAGGGCCAGGUCCUCUACCAAUACAACAUCUCGGGCAAGAGAUUCGCAGAAGUACAGAUCAAUAAGUUCAUAGCUCAUCUCAUUGCAUCUCCAGGUGCUAAGGGGGCCGAGCACAAUGGAAAGUUUUCCAUUGUUAACAUUAAUAGUGGAGGGCCAACUAAGAACGCUCGUGGAUUCUGCACAAUGUAUCACAUCACGAAGCAACCAGAGCUUUACUAUUUUGCCACAUAUUCAGAUGCAUCUCUACAACUGAAUGAUGAGGCUGAAGAGAUUUUGACUUUGGCACUCUCGUUGUGGGACUCGCUCAAGUUGAAUUUAGGAAUCAUAGAUAAUCUUAAUGGGAAAGGGGAUAAAAAUGAACACAAUUACGUGGAUAUACUACAAGGUUUAGAUGAUGCGGUUAGGAAAUUCGAUCAAUAUCUAAAAGUCAAAUAUGAAGCGUCAAUAAAGAAAAGCCAUGUUUUAAAGGAGAAAACGAGCACUGAAUCAUAUCAAAAGAAACGUAAUAACGACUCAAAGGGCAGUAAGAAGAAGAUAGCUCAGUCCAAUGCAAGUGGAAGAAAAUGGGGUCAAAAUGGAAUGAUGGAAGAGAUAAACUCAAAAGAUGCCUCUCUACUUGAUUUCUCUGCAGAAGGCGACGAAGAAAAUUCCUAUUCCAUAAACGCCACCAUUGAAAAGGAUUCGUUCGGUAAUAGAACCGAGAAUGGUGAAUUUUUAAUCAAGGAGAUCGAUGAACUUUUAUCGAAGGAGAAAGUGACCUCUCAGCAGCCAGCUAAAGAAACGACGUUGGACAACGCUUUUGGUUUCUUAAAAAAGCAUGUUUUAGGGAACAAAACAAUUACAGAGCAGGAUUUAAAUUCUAUUCUAGAGCAGAUGAAGCAGCAAUUGAUUACUAAGAACGUUGCACCAGAAGCAGCGGCCUUUCUGAUGGAUCAAGUAUCAAAAGACUUAGUAGGAUCAAAGACUGCAGGUUGGACAAGCGUUGAAAUAACGGCUCGUGAAGCUUUGACAAAGGCACUAACACAAGUUUUAACACCUGGUGUUUCCGUCGAUCUUCUGCAUGAAAUUCAAAAGAAGGCGGAAGAGAAGCAACCCUACGUAUUUUCUAUUGUGGGUGUUAAUGGUGUUGGAAAAUCUACAAAUCUGUCAAAAUUGGCUUUUUGGCUGCUGCAAAAUAACUUUAAAGUACUGAUUGUUGCAUGUGAUACGUUUAGAUCGGGGGCAAUCGAGCAAUUAAGAGUUCAUGUUGAAAACUUAGCCCAACUUACCGACGAAUCACACAUUCGUGGAUCAAAAAAUAAGAGAGGCAAAUCGGGAAAUGAUCAUGUUGAGUUAUUUGAGGCAGGCUAUGGUGGAUCCGAUUUAGUGACGAAAAUUGCGAAACAGGCCAUUAAGUAUGCAAAAGACCAGGAUUUCGACGUUGUCUUGAUGGACACUGCUGGCAGAAGACAUAAUGAUGCGACUCUCAUGUCACCUCUGAAAUCCUUUGCUGAACAAGCGAAUCCCGACAAGAUCAUUAUGGUUGGUGAAGCUUUGGUAGGAACAGAUUCUGUGCAACAGGCAAAAAAUUUUAACAAUGCGUUUGGCAAAGCUAGAGAUAUUGAUUUUUUCAUUGUUUCCAAAUGUGAUACUGUGGGUCAAAUGUUAGGUACUAUGGUUAAUAUGGUGUACGCUACGGACAUUCCUAUACUAUUUGUAGGUGUCGGCCAAACUUACACUGACUUAAGAACUUUAAGUGUUAAUUGGGCAGUAAACAUUCUAAUGUCAUAA